UCGCUGCAAAAUGUCGGGUGUGCUCGGGCUUCUCUGCAUUUUGGUAGCCAUUGCUGGGUGUUUGGCUGUCGACCAAACCCUACAACCGGGGGCCUUUGGAUCGUCUGUAGUCGAAUCGGUGGUCAGUCGCAUCAGAGAAUCCUGUCUUUUUGCAGACGACAAGCGUUUUCUCCGUCGUUUGGCUUACGUACAGUCAAGAGAUGGAACAGACACUAAGACUUAUAGCAGAAGCUACUAUCAUGGAGGAAUCUGGCAGAUAGAUGAAAACAAAUUUCGGCAAACACAAACUUCUUCAUCUCUACAAGCCCAGAGAAAUAUCAUUUUAAACAAAUUCGGAAUCGACUGGCGUAACGUUGCUUGGCAGGAUCUACGAAAACCGCUGUACUCUGGUAUUGCUGCUGCUCUUUAUACCAUCUUACACGGUGGAGUAGGAUGGAGGAUAGAAGAACAAGGAAACACAUAUGAAAAUUAUUUUCACAGUUUUGGAGGAAACAAUUUCACUGUUCAGGCACAGCUUCUUGAUCAAGGUUGCCAUGGAAACGAAGCUCUUGAAUUAGUUUUAUUAGUGGAUAGUUCAAACAGCUUAUCACAGGAUGACUUCAUAAGAGCAAAAUAUUUCAUGACAAACCUUGUUGAUGCUUUUAAUAUUGCCUCCGAUAAAACACGCGUCUCAGUUAUCACUUACUCCAAUAACCCUCAUAUUGAAUUUUCCUUACCUUCAUACACAUCUAAAACAUCCCUAAAGAAUGCAAUACAAAAUUUGCCUUUUCGACCUGGAUCUACGAACACAGCAGGUGCUCUACAAGCGGCAGUUAAUAAUGUAUUUACGAGCAGUAGGCCGAAUGCUGCAAAAGUCGUCAUUGUUAUCACUGAUGGACAAUCAAACGACAUGCUAAACACACAACACGCUGUCGACAAUGCCAAGAAGAAUGGGAUUAUAAUGUUUUCUGUCGGAGUAGGAAGUCGAAUUGACCAGAGUGAACUCAAUUACAUGGCAACGACGCCAUCUUGCACACAUGUGUUCACUGUGUCUGGGUAUGACGAAAUCAAAGCACUGAAAGAGGAACUUAUUCAAAGUUCAUGUCGGGCCCCAGUUUAUAUCAACAGCACCUUUAGCUGUGUCAUUGAAAAGUGUCCGCCUCUAGCUGUUUUGACCUCAGGACCUGGAGUCACAAUUGAGACAAAUAUUACGUGUGGUAAUGGAAACAUUUACACGGCCUUCAACAGUCCUUACCCUGGACAGAGUUACUAUGAGACUCUCAAUUACGUAACUUCCGGUAAUCCUACGUCAGUGUUUCAUAACGCUUCCGGGGAUCAGACGUUGUUUAUCAAUCUCGUCGACGCCUUGAAGGACCAGAUCAGCUCCAGUGCUGGCUGUGUCAUCACCAUAACUCCUUACCAUGGAGACCACACAGAUCACACCGUGAAAUGCUACAUCGAUGGAAUAAAAAUUGAAUGUCCGGACAAUUGUAAAGAAAAAUGGAAUUUCCCAAAUCCUUGCACCCCGGAAAAUAUUGAAAAGGGGCUCCUUCAGUUCCCACAUCCAACAGAUUCCACAAAAUACCUGAUGUGUGACCUUUCCGGAAAACUCUAUAUUGUACAGUGUCCACAGUACGAGUCUUAUUACCAGUCUUGCCAACAAUGUGUAGGUAACUCAACUUCCUGUGUCACUGGCAACAAAACAACUGUCGAUUCUUCAGGAAGUCCAUGCACGCUUGCAAAUUUACAAGCAGGUAAAUUCUUCUUUGUUUACCCUUCUGACAACACAAAGUUCAUCCACUGCGACGUCUGGGGCAAGGCAUGGGCCUUAAGUUGUCCGGGAGGAGAGGUAUGGGAUCAGAACAUAUUAACCUGCAUUACUCCCGAUUCCGUUGGACAACCUGUGCCGAGCUCUCCGUCUAUCAUUCGCCCCGGCGUCUCCAGUCAUUAUGGCGGUGAUGAAGUAAAUGGCUUUCUCUGUUGUCCGACCUGUCCUCGUUUCUCUCCUCCUUGCUCUCACUCCAAGAUAAACUCUGGGAGAUUGUUCCACGCUAUUGCUGGAGAUCGUCACCAUUACAUCCAAUGUGACCUCACCGGAAGAAUGUAUUGUCCAAUGAGCUGCGCUCCGGAGGCGGACGGCUCACUUGAUUUCUUCAACUACCAGACGCAGACCUGCGUAGAUGGGUCUCUGUUGGGUGUGGUUGGUUGAAAUAAACUUCAACACUGUAUCAUGUUUAUUUUUACUUAAAUAAAUUAAAUGCUUGUUUGCAAUA